CGGGACACGUUCGCACGACGCAGGCGCAACUAUGUGGAUACUCGUACUGCUAGCGUACGUAGGCAGCGCGGUGUCGCUGCCGCAGUACUACGCGCAUGCGCCGCUGCUGCACGCGCCGGUCGCCGUCGCGCACGCACCCGUCGCCGUGGCUGAGCCUGUUGCAUACCCAAAAUACGCGUUCAACUACGGCGUCAAAGAUCCGCACACCGGAGACAUCAAGUCCCAGCAAGAAGAGAGAGACGGGGAUGUUGUUAAAGGCAGUUAUUCACUAGUGGAACCCGAUGGCUCUACCCGCACGGUGUCAUAUGCAGCGGACGACCACAACGGUUUCAAUGCCGUCGUCCACAAGACCGGACAUGCGGUGCACCCGGUAGCGGUAGCUCCAGUGGCCCACUACGCAGCAGCCCCGGCCCUCGCCGUGUCUCACUAUGGAUAACAAAGAAUUCUUCCUAUGCUAGCUCCUAUCUCCGUGGUAACAAUACUUCUUAGAUAAGUUUAAAUUAGUUUUUAAAUCAAUAUGGAACGAUUAACAAGUCAGCGAGGGAAUGUUUGCCAGAGAAAUGUUAGGUUGAUGCCCCGUUUAGAUACUGCAAGUACGCAAGUUUAGUUAAAAGUGUAUUAGUGGAUUGUGACAAAACUUAAGCGCAUAAAUAUGAUUUGGUAGGGUUUUAUGAGGCAAAGGAUGUCAUUGAUGGUCGAGUUUUCAAGAGCAAUAAGCUUCAGUAUUCAGAGUGACGCGAUAUUCAACAUUGUUCUACAGUCCAUUAAAUGACUAUUCACAGUUUAGGAAUAUUAAGCCUUCAACUUUACUAUCUUUUCACGAUCUUAACUGUAAACAGUUUAAUACUCGUAUUCACCUAAGGUCUAUAAGUGAAGUCAAACUGUCAGAAAUCUGUUUGGUAUAUGCAGAAAUAUGCAAGUCUAAACGGGGUCACUAGGUUUACUAGUGGAAUGAAGUUGUAUAAUGUUAGUUACUUGUAUGGAAAAGGGCACGUGUUUGAAGUAUUUAAAUUAAGGAUUCUACUUGCCAUUCGAUGAAAACGAAGCAUCUGAAGUACAACUAGUUAUCAAUGUUUUAUUUAAAUGUAAUUGUAUUUUAUGCAAUAAAAUAUGUGUUGACUUUUA